AUGCCCUACGUGCAUAAGGUCUGUAACGCUCUCCGAUUCCCAAUUUUCGUGUCACGAUUUGGUCCCACUUUGCGAGUACAGUUGAAACGGACAUUCAUAGCUCAAUCUCUUACAAAUAGACCUCGUAAUAUACUCCCGUCUUCUUGGUCUCUAUUUAUCCAUGCAAUUGAGAUGGCUGACUCCAAUCAAUGGUAUUUUGCCUAUGGAUCGAACAUGCUGUCCGAUGUUUUCAUCAAAAGACGCAAAGUGAAUCCCAUACAACAACAGGUUGCGUAUAUAAAAACACAUACACUGUGCUUCAACGUCAUGGGCAUGCCAUACCGAGAUCCUGCCAUGGGGGGAAUUCGUGAAGCAAUGGAAAAUGAUCUCCCAGUUUAUGGAGUUGCAUAUUGGUUGACGCCAGAGGAUAUGCGGCAAGUGAUUGUUAGCGAGGGUGGCGGCAUUGCAUACCGAACCAAGAAGUUUAUGGCGAUUCUGGAAAACGAGUCGACUUCAAUUUCAGUUACUACUCUAGUGGCGAGACAUGAUAUUUCACUCGCCUAUGAAAGAUUGCCCUCGGAGCGAUACAUGGGGCUUCUGAUUCGAGGCGCGAGAGAGCAAUCGCUUCCAAAGUUCUAUCAAGAUCGACUCCUUUCUCAACCAAUAUUCACAUGCCCAGAAAGUCAUCGUUUCCAAAUUGGGACGUGGUUAUUCAGUAGCUUCUGGCAGAGAGUCGCGGUUGGUAUUGAAAUGGGAGUGCAUCGAUUCAAAGAUGAUGAAGGGAACGUGCCAGGAUGGUUCUUGGUCAUAUUUGAUAUUUUAUUGUGGACAAUGUGGCUCUACCAUGACUAUGCUCAUAGCAUUAUCUGGGGUAGAGGUGAUGGACUUGGGUUCAAGCCAUUCAGUCGUUCAUUCAUGUAG